AUGAAGGUAAAGGCCAGGCUUUUGUUAAAUAUAAGAUAGAUUUUGUGUCAUUCAGCAGUAAUUAAUAAUGAAUAAUAAUUAUUUAUCUGGUUUAAGAAUUAUGAUUUGACACCUCAAAAGUAGAUAUAAUUUAAUAAUAUUAUAUAAGCAACUUGUGAAUAUUAGCAUACAUUAAUUUUAGAUUAAUUAGGAUAAGUAUAAUCUUGGGGAGUUGGAGAUGAAGGAUAAAUUAGGAAAUGUAUCAUACUAUAAUUCUGAAGAACCAAUAAAAUAUUAGAUAAUAAGAUAUACAUAGAAGCAAGUAGAUUUAUUUCAUUCUGCAGGAAUACGUAAAGAAAACAUUUUUUAGAGUUGAGGAUCAAACAUUGAUUUUAGGUUUGGAUUGGAAGAGAAAAGAAAUUAUAAGUGGGAAAACGUUACAUUAAUGUUACAUUAUAGAUGUAUAUAGUUGUGAAAAGAAAAGUAAUGGAAAUUUAGGACAUUUAAUGUCACUAUACCUGCUUUUCUUUAUUGACCAAAAUUAAUAGAAGGCUUAUUAAAGGUUAUUUAGAUAAGUGUUGGUAAAAGGCAUUGUUUGGCAUGGGGGUUUAUUUUUUUGGAUUAAUUAGGUUUAAGAGAUAAAAAUAGAGUGA